CUUGCUUCAAAUUGCUGUUUGGAGUACUGUAUCCUGGGUUUGUCUCCUUCCUGCAAGCACUAAGUCCCAGAGUUCUCAGUCCUUAGGUUUAAUGGGGGAGACAGAAACUGAGAUGAGAGAGGAAGGAAAUUGCUCCAGAGCAGUGGAAGUUGGUAUAAUGGGUGAAGGGAGGAGUGUCCUGGAACCUCCGUGAUGCUGGAGGUGGUGGAGGGAAGGGUGAGCUCCAAAACUUUGUGCAUUUUAUGUCUGUCCGUCUUCCAGACAAUCUCUCCACCACCAUCUGAUUUGUUACAGGGAAAGGGCUGUGGCAUCACUUUUGAAGGAAACAACUGACCUGGGUUGGGUGAGGAUAGGGUGGAGACUUGAAAGAGAUGAAGGAGAUGGGGAAGGGAGAUAAUAAUUUUCAAAGCCACAGCUCUGUGAGGAGGGGAGGGUGAUGUUGGGGUACACAGAGCGAGGGCCAGAGAUGCAGGAAAGGGAUGUGUAUCUAUCCAGGAUGAGGUCCUUCUGUCCCUUGAUCAUUCAGCAUCCUCCUCCCCACCCAUUUGUAUGCAGGUUUGCAGGACCCAGUGGACUUCCAGGCAAGGAAGAGAAGGAAGAAAGUGCCUGAACCUGUAUGGGUGUAUGUGGGGGCGCCACUACCCCCAGGACAUCUAGGGGAAGGGAGGUUCCGCUGUACCUGUAGCUGCAGCAGGGCCUGCUGAAAACUCUGUCCCCAACAUAGGAGCACCCCUCCGGGCCAGAGCAAUCUCAUUCUGCCCCGGUUAAGAAUUCGGCUCAGACAUUGUCCCCAGCAUGGGCCGUACUCGGGAAGCUGGCUGCGUGGCCGCUGGUGUGGUGAUUGGGGCUGGCGCCUGCUACUGUGUAUAUAGACUGACCUGGGGAAGAGAUGAGAAUGAGAAAAUCUGGGACGACGAUGAUGAAGAUGAUGAGGAGGAAUCUAGUGAUAUUGUAGAGACUAGAAUUGAGAGGAAAGGAGCUAAAGCUAAUGCUGGGAUGGGGUCUGAAGCUAGACUUCAGGGUGAUUCAAAGGUGAAGACUGAGGUGGGCAUGGUACUUGAGAGUGGUUCAGAUGUAAAGGCAGAGGUCCACUUGGGGCCCCAGAGUGGAGGAGGCCUAGAGGCCAAGGCCAAAGCCCUUUUCAGCACCCUGAAGGAACAGGCAAGUGCAAAGGCGGGCAGGGGAGUCAGGUUGGGUACCAUCUCUGGGAACAGGACCCUUGCACCCAGUUUACCCUGCCCAGGGGGCAGGGGUGGAGGCUGUCACCCCACCAGGAGUGGCGCUAGGGCUGGGAGUAGGGCAAGUGGAAAAACCAAGGGAAGAACCCGAGGUAAGAGCACCAGGACUCCAGCUACAGCAUGGCCUGUUCGUAGGGGCAAGUUCAACUUUCCCUAUAAAAUUGAUGAUAUUCUGGGUGCUCCUGACCUUCAAAAGGUUCUUAACAUCCUGGAAAGAUCAAAUGAUCCUUUUAUUCAAGAAAUAGCCUUGGUCACUCUGGGUAACAAUGCAGCAUAUUCUUUUAACCAAAAUGCCAUUCGUGAAUUGGGUGGUCUUCCAAUUAUUGCAAAACUGAUAAAAACCAAAGAUCUUAUUAUUAGGGAAAAAGCUUACAAUGCCCUUAAUAACUUGAGUGUGAAUGCUGAAAAUCAGGGAAAGAUUAAGACCUAUAUCAGUCAAGUGUGUGAUGAUACCAUGAUCUGCCGCUUGGACUCAGCUGUGCAGAUGGCCGGACUAAGACUGUUAACUAACAUGACUGUGACUAAUCAUUACCAACAUUUGCUUUCCUAUUCUUUUCCAGACUUUUUUGCAUUGUUAUUCCUGGGAAAUUACUUCACCAAGAUUCAGAUUAUGAAACUAAUUAUAAACUUUACUGAGAAUCCAGCCAUGACAAGAGAGCUGGUCAGUUGUAAAGUACCAUCAGAAUUGAUUUCCCUCUUUAAUAAAGAGUGGGACAGAGAGAUUCUUCUUAAUAUCCUUACUCUAUUUGAAAAUAUAAAUGACAACAUAAAAAGUGAAGGACUUGCAUCAUCUAAGAAAGAAUUCAGCAGAAGUUCACUUUUUUUCUUAUUCAAAGAAUCUGGAGUGUGUAUUAAGAAAAUCAAGGCAUUAGCAAAUCACAAUGAUCUGGUAGUGAAAGUAAAAGUCCUAAAAGUAUUGACCAAACUUUAAUUGGGUGUAUGUCCCAAACAAUAUCGAGAUAAUUGUUUAGUUUGCACUUGGGAACAAUGCAUUUUGUAAAUUCUUUGUUUGCCAUUGUGCUUACAUGGCAAAGAGAUCCUUUCAGCUGCCAUUUUGGAAUAAUGAAUAUCAAGGAUCAUCAAGAGUGAUGAUGGUUGUGGUGGUUGGUUUUAGGCUGUACCAUUUUAAGGAUGCCAAAUGAAUACUAGAGCUUGUAUAAAGAAAGCACUUAUCGAUUCUAUCUUGCUACCUAGACUGAGGUAUUUUUUGCUCUUUCCUUUACCUAAUUUGACAGCAAACUAAUUAUAAAUAAGCUACACUUUUGUAUUGGUUUACAUUUGUUAAUCUUAGACUUGUGUUUCAUCAAUAAAGUUGUGUGUUUUAAC